GUUGUAGACACAUGGCUGACAGUCGUGAUAUGUCAUUUUCCCAGCGGUGGUUACAGCUGUCAGCUGCAACUGUUAUGACGAGAAUACUCCGUGUAGCAAGUAACUUUAUGGAGACCGGAGUGUGGAAUGGAGAUCUUAUUGAAGAAUGGAGGCAAUCAUUCAUUGCUUAUCUGAAUGGGCUUGAAACACAAACGCAGCUUUAUUCACAUCUAGAACAUCAAGAGGGAAAAAACUCUACCAAUUUGGUUUGGCACGAGGAUAGAAGUGAGAAAGAAAUUCAACUCGAACAUGAUUCUGUGAAAGAGAAGGUUUCUGUCACGUCUUCACAGUCAACAAAAGAAGAUAUGGAUAAACUACAGAUACCUAAUGGAACACACUUAGAAACAAUGUCUGUUGUGAAACACUCUGACCAUCCACAUUCUUCUUCUCAAGAAACAGAUGACAGUUACAGCAAUAACACAACAACAGUGUUAGAUGUUGUCAGUCAACCUGUCUCAUAUCACCAAUUUCAACUUUUGAGUGUUGAGAUUGCUUCGAAGUGGAGAAACAUUGCUUAUUGUCUUCUGCCUGAGCUGAUUAAUGGACAGAUUUUAGACAAUAUUGCUCUCGAACAUCCACACAGUCUGCAGCAACAAGCAAUUCAAAUGUUUGAAGUGUGGAGAGACAAAUAUGGAGUUCAUGACGCUUCUGUUAAAGCAUUGUGUGAAGUUCUUAUUAAUGCGGGUUGCAGAGCAGCUGCAGAAAAAGUAUUCGGCAGAACAUCUGUCAUGCAAGUUUGUUCCCAGGUCAAAGCAAUUAAAACUGAAGACUUGUCUGUGGCAUUGUAUGAGUUAUCAGAAGAAGUUGGCGUUGAUUGGAAAGAAGUAGCAGUUUAUAUGGGAAUAGCACAUCAACAGAUAAAGAUCAUUGAGCUAGAGGCUCACGUGCCAAGAGAGCAGGCAUGGAACAUGUUGUGUAUGUUGCAGUCUGAGAUGGGCAGUGACUUCAGUAUUGAUGAGAUACACAAACACUUGCAACAAAUCAGAAGGAAGAAACGCUCAAAAGAAAUGAAUAGCAAGUGCAUUCAUAAUUGGCUGUUUCUUGCAUUUACUCUUGUCGGUAUUUUAGAUCAAAUUUUUCCACAGAACAUUCGUGAUGACAUCAAACUUUGUGGAAGAAAGAAAGAACUGGAUACUAUAGCUAAAACAUUUUGGGGAAACAAGGUGGAAGAACAGGAAGGUACAGACAUUGCCAAGUUUUGCUUGCAGGUGAUAACUGGAAUGGGUGGGAGUGGUAAAUCUCACUUAGCAGAGAAGUAUGCUGUGCUGUGCAAGGAGAUGUAUGCAGAUGGAGUUUUCUAUUUCAAUGGAGAAUCAUUAGCGUCUCUUCAUCUCUCAAUAAGAGAAAAUUUGCGUCGGCUAUCAAUGCAAUCAAGUGGAGGUGGUGUUUUUGAUGACAACUACAUUUUUCUACAAUACGUUUAUAAGAAGAGCAGAGUAUUGCUGCUUUAUGAUGGAGCAGAUAAGUUAAAUGUGUUAGAGAAGAUUCUUCCUUGUAAUACAGCACAUGUCCACGUGUUGGUGAGUACUCGUAUGAGUGCAGAUCAUCCUCUACUAACGAGAGCUGACAAAGUCGCAUGUCUUGGUCGUAUAGAAAGUGCAGCUGCAGUGGAAGCUCUUCAAGUAUGGCGUGGACAUGCUGAUGAAAUUUUGCUUGGUAGAGAGGCAAUUUAUGCCAAACGUGUAGUCACUGAAGAUCCCAUUGAUUGUUUACCAUUGGGUAUUGCUCACGCAGGAACAUUCAUGAGAAAGAGAAAGGUUGGCUGUCAGCAAUAUUAUCAACUGAUCAGAACACAACAAGCAAGUUUAGAAGCUCUUGCUCUAGAUAUGAACAAACUUCUUCAUUAUUUUCGAAUCAGUAAUCUUCAGGAAUUAUUACAUCAAUAUGAUGUGUUUGAACCAAAAGAACUGUCAAAACUGACUGAUGAGAAUAUUCAGUCAAUAGCAACGAAAAAGCAUGAGGUACGUCUUCUCUGCAUGGCCAGAUAUUUUGUGAUGAACAGCAAACAUGUGCACUUGACAUGGCAACUUGAUAUUGAGACGGUGAAAGAAACAGAUGUCAAUGCCAUGGUGCUCUUGUCUUAUGCAUCACUGAUGGCAUAUAGGAAUAUUCCUGAAUUUGUAUUGAAACCGCUUGUGUUUGGUACUUUUCCUCGUUAUCACUACAGCCAGUCACUCAAUACAUUGAUGUCUCACUCACUAGUUGAUGUGUGUGAUGGAAACACCGGAUAUCAUUUUAAUCUGCAUCCACUCGUUCACUCAACAAUUUUGGAACGUUUAUUGCAUGAAGCAGAGCUGCUUCGUGAGAGACUAACCAAAUUAUCUCAUUCUCUUCUUUGUUUUCUACCAUCCACUCAUUCCGAUAUUCAGUCUUCUCUAAAACGCGAUCUGUUUAUUUCUCUCGUUCCUCACGUGUAUGCAGCUGCAGAGAAGGCUGUCUGGUUCUCUGAUGAUGAGACAUGUGUUUGUUUUGUGGAUCUUGCAUGUCGUAUUUCAUUGAUUUCUCAGCAUGUGGAUGUUGCUGCUCAUCUUUGCAAAGAAGUUCUGAAGGCAUCUGAAAUGUCAUUAGACAUUAGGCAGCGUUUCAAUGCAUUGUGUAACAUGGGAGAAGCCUAUCUAUUGAUGUCACAACCACAAGCAGCUCAGAAUGAGUUGAUGAAAGCUGCACAGUUAGUAAAAAGCUGCCAGGAACACGAGAGGAGGCGAAUGAUGCCUGACUAUUGCUUUGUGAUUAGUAAGCUGGCUGCAAGUUAUCAUGACCAACAAAUGUUUGACGAAGCAGAAAGUCUUUGUCAGAAACGACUCUCACUGUUGGAUGACAUGCCAAGAAUCGACACAGAGGAAAUAGCAACAGCUUUGAGCGACCUAGGUUUGAAUUAUCUCACCAGAGGUAAACUAGAAAAGGCAAUUGAAACGUAUGAUCGAGCGUUGAGAAUGAUGCCAUCAGAUUCUCCAAGUCAACUUCUCAGUCUUGCUACUACAAUGACAAAUAUGGGUGUGUGUUUAACACAAAAUGCACAAUAUGAGAAAGCGUUUCCAUUUCUGGAGAAAAGUUUAGCUAUCAAGAGAAAACACUUGCCACCGGAUCAUUAUGAUGUGGCAUUAGGUCUUCGUCAAUUGUCUGAAUGUUGUUUACAUCUGGGUGACACGAGAAAGGCCUUACAGCUGUCUGAGGAGUCGCUGUCUGUUGCAUCUCAGUGUCUACCGGCCAAUCACCCACAUAUUGCACUAUCUAUGGAUCAGUUAUCAUCAUGUCAUCGCAGUGCUGGUAAUCUAGACGAAGCAAUAGACUUUCAACAGCGAAGUAUUGUCAUACACAAGCAACACUUGCCUCAUACAAGGAUGUAUCUUUGUACAUCUCUCAACAACUUGGGAUUGUGCUACCACGAUAAGGGAAUGCUGGACAAAUCCAUUAGUACAUCUGAAGAAUGUCUGAAAAUUCAAUAUUUAUAUUUUCCUGAGAAUCAUAGUGGCAUUGGAAACACUUUGUGGAAUCUUGGUUCAGCAUUCUACCAGGCAGGCAACUUGUUGAAGGCAACUCUUGCAUGGAGAAAAUGCCUGGCAAAUAGAGAGAAGGCUUAUCCUCCAGCUCAUCCUUAUGUUCAUAGUGUAUUGUCGUCACUGGCGGAUAUUACAUAUGAUCAAGAACUCUAUGAUGAGUCAUUGCAAGUGUAUGGUAAAGCACAGGACAUUCUGAUGAGAACAGAUCCUGGAUCUGAGGAUCUGGCUCAAGUAUGUUACGGCAUUGGAUGCUGUUAUGUCAAGUUGUCUCAAUUCGAUGCGGCAGAAGAGGCAUAUUCCCAGUCUUUGCAAAUCUUUACUUCUAUUUUACCUCCAGGACAUGACAAAAUAUCUAUGACUGAACAAGUACUACACCAACUGUGGCAAUUGAAAUAUGGAAACUAAGAGGAUUGUUCGAUGUACAUAUAUUAUAUUGUAAGUAAAGGUUAGUUGUCAUAAUGACCAUAAUAGCGAUAUCUUUUUAAUGGUAUAGUUUAGCUGCUUCUUGCAUGUUAUAUAUUAGUCUGUACGUUAAUUGUUUGCGAAAGAAGCUGUCUACAUUGUCCGUUUUAUCGAAAGUUUUGGUAGCAGUGACGUAAUCUGCCGUGUCGCUAGCAAUUGAAGCAGU